CAACUUCUGCCCUGCAGCUUCAGAGGUCCACAUUUCUAUGGCCAUCUUCUCCCACCAGCGACACCAUUGGGCUUAUGUCUGGAUCCCCAUAGUGGGAGCUUUCAUUUGGUUUGGUACUUUGUGGGCAAUGCUUAUAACUUGGCUCGCGACGGGCAGGCCACAUUAUGUGUCGAUGGCCGCAAACCAACACGUACCCUUCAUUUCCGAUAUUGCAGCGGACAUCCUAAAGCCACUGUUCAUCACAUCUUGUACCAUAACUUCAAUAAGCUUCAUUCUCGAUCUCAUUAUCGAACGAUAUCUCAGGCAUUCCGGUCGGCUGAUGCCCAACAUGCGCACCAGAGAACGCGUUUUCAGCUCACUAGCAAUCUUAGGCUCCGUAAUCGGCGGCGCAGGCCUCAUCCUACUCUCUAUAUUCGAUACCAGGAGACACAAAACCCUCCAUGAUUCAUUUUUAUUGGUGUUUAUUGUCGGAGUGGCUCUGAGCGCGAUUUUUACAGUCGUCGAGUUUCGCUGGAUCUAUAAAGAUUUUCAAUACGCCCCUCUUUUGAAGAGAAGUUAUUGGAUGAAAUCCAUCAUCGCUGGCAUUCUUAUCAUCCUCGCUUUUGCUUUCGCUGGUACAGAGUUUAAAGUCGUGAAUGUAGGAGGUAUAUUCGAGUGGAUUAUCGCCAUGGGCUUCACGUUCUAUUUGUUAACGUUCUACUAUGACCUCCGGCAAAGCAAGGGUGUCCAUCGAGGGGAGCUCAGUGCAGAUCGGUUGAAUAACAAUAAUAGACGCUACCGCAUGAGACAGAUGGCAUGAACUACACGAAAGGUAUAACGACAUUCAUCCCGACCGCCAUUCCUCGCUUGUGUUGUAUACACAUUGAGAUUGGUCAUUCCUUAUUAGAUUGCAGUGUAACUAAUCAUGUAUGUAUUCCAUGUAUAUCUUUGUAGAAAAUUUGAAUAUCAAACCACU